CUGAGGCUUUACUGCACGUUUAUUUUCCAGAUAAGCUCUGACAGCGAGGAAGAGAACCUUACGUUCAAAGCCUUGUUGUACCAAAUUGAAGCUACCGCUUCGUACCUUUCAAAAAAUGGAUUCGAAAGCGGCAACGUCGCCUGCUUCGUAAUGUCCAACUCGACUGCGUUCGCUGUUUCCCAUUUGGGAGUGUUGAAGUGUGGAGGAAUCAUCACCAGCGCCAACCCAUCCAUCUCGCAAGCCGACCUAGAACAUCAGUUGCAAGAUUCUAAGGCCAGCCUUGUGUUCACAGAAGAAAGUAUUCUACCUCGUGUUCUGAUGGCUGCAAAUAAUUGCGCCAGCGUCAAGAAAAUCAUCUGUACAAGGUCGUGGGCAUCAAAUGCAGCUUUACCCGAAGGAGUUGUGGACUUUAAAAGCUUGAUAACUGGACCAGUGUACGAGGGCGAGAGUCACAGCAGUGAUCUGGCAGUUGUUCCCUAUACGGAUAUUCCGACCAGAGGAACCGCUACUGGAAUCAUGCUCACCCAUGAAAAUGUUUCCACAGCUGUUGAUAUCUAUCAGAAAUAUCUGGACCGUAUUGCGAAAAAAGUGCUACGAUAUUGGGACUGUUCGCAAGAAAAUCUUCUUUUGUGCUCUUCGUUUGCGAACAUGUAUGGACUGCUUUGUCUCAACGUCGCACUCAUAAUGGGCUUCACUUCUGUGAUUCUCAAGAAAUUCGAUCCACUCAUGUUCUUCAACAGUGUUCACUCUUAUCGGGUACGCGUGCAAGUUCUUCUUAAAAGUGCGUUCUAUGAUAGUAAUGUCAUAGUGGGGUCAAAAACGGAAGUUCGUGCUGCCCUCCCACGCCGAGAAGAAUAG